CUUCUCUGGCUCCACUUUCUCUUCUCUUCCUUCUGGGUUUAAUUCUUUUUGUUUCAUCUGAUCUUUCUCCCCUUACCCAACAUUUCCGCUCCCAAUUACUUAUAUCUCCUGGUCCCCACCACUCAUCCACCCACUUUCUCUUCUCUUUCUUCCCAUCUAUAUCUACCUUCUUCCAUUGGACUUCCCUCUCUCUCACUUUUUCUCUUCCCUCCUUCUCUCUUUGUCUUCUCUCAUACUGGUACCCCCCCAAUCAAGUAGUCCAUCAUGUCGGACGAAAAACCCAAUAUCCUCUACAUCAUGGCCGACCAGAUGGCGGCCCCUCUCUUGCAAUUCCAUGAUAAAACCUCCCCCAUCAAAACUCCCAAUCUCAACCGAUUGGCUGAAGAAGGCGUCGUCUUUGAUUCCGCCUACUGCAAUGCGCCGCUUUGCGCUCCCUCGCGCUUCGUCAUGGUGACCGGCCAGUUGCCCUCCAAGAUCGGCGCAUACGACAAUGCCUCCGACUUACCCGCCGAUACCCCCACCUACGCCCACUAUCUCCGCCGCGAGGGCUACCACACGGCCCUCGCCGGCAAGAUGCACUUCUGCGGUCCCGAUCAGCUGCACGGCUACGAGCAACGUCUGACCAGCGACAUCUACCCGGGAGACUACGGCUGGUCCGUUAACUGGGAUGAACCGGACAUCCGCCCCGACUGGUAUCACAACAUGUCCUCCGUCAUGGAGGCUGGCCCCGUCGUGCGCACCAAUCAGCUCGACUUUGACGAGGAGGUCAUGUACAAGUCCACCCAGUACCUCUACAACCACGUCCGUCAGCGCAACGACCAGCCCUUUGCUUUGACCGUCUCCAUGACUCACCCCCACGACCCCUACGCCAUGACCAAGGACUUCUGGGACCUUUACGAGAACGUCGAGAUCCCCCUCCCCAAGAACGGCUCCAUCCCCCACGACCAGCAGGACCCCCACUCGCAGCGCGUCCUCAAGUGCAUCGAUCUCUUCAACAAGGAUCUCCCCGACGAGCGCAUCCGCGCCGCCCGCCGCGCCUACUACGCCGCCUGCACCUACGUCGACACCAACGUCGGCAAGCUGCUCACCGUCCUCGACAACUGCGGCCUGCGCGACAACACCAUCAUCGUCUUCACCGGUGACCACGGCGACAUGCUGGGCGAGCGCGGCCUCUGGUACAAGAUGACUUGGUUCGAGAACUCGGCCCGCGUGCCGAUGAUCUUCCACGCCCCCAAGCGCUUUGCCCCUAAGCGCAUUCCCCAGAACGUCUCCACCAUGGACCUGCUGCCCACCUUCGCCGACCUCGUCGGCGCCCCCAUCAUCAAGGAGCUGCCGCUGGACGGCGUCUCGCUGCUGCCUUACCUGACCGGCGGCGAGGGUCUGCGCACCGACACCGUGCUGGGCGAGUACAUGGCCGAGGGAACCCAGUCGCCCGUCGUUAUGAUCCGCCGCGGCCGCUACAAGUUCAUCGCCUCGCUCAUCGACCCGCCCAUGCUCUUCGACGUGGAAGCCGACCCGGAGGAGAAGGUCAACCUCGCCGCCGGUCUGGCGGUCAAGCCGGUCGCCGCCGCUCCCACCAAACCCAUCACCAACGCCCCGCUCGGUGUGCCCGCGGCGCUGCCCACGCCGGCCGACUCGCCGCACGCGUCGCCCGUGCCGCAGCGCGUGGUGCCAGCCGCGUACCCGUUCCCGACGCCCCCGCGCACGCCCAGCCCUGCGUCAGCGCUGCCCGCCACGACGGAGCCAGCCAAGCUGCUCGCCUACUUCACUGAGGAGGUGCAGGCGCGUUGGGAUCUGGUGGCGAUCCGGGCCGACGUGCUGCGAUCGCAGCGCCGCCGCCGUCUCGUCUACUCUGCGCUGCUGCAGGGCACGCCAUCCCUCUGGGACUACGAGCCGCGGGUCGACCCGAGCACGCAGUACGUGCGCAACCAGGGCAAGGGGGCUCUCGACGAUGUGGAGUUGAUCUCGCGCUGGCCGCGUGUGUUGCAGCAAGCGGCGACCGCUCAGGGGAUGCAGGUUUAAUUUCCUUUCUUCAUUUUUUUUUUUUUUUAUUUUUUUUUUCUCUCGUUCUUUGGCAACUUCUUUUCACACUUUUUCUCCGAGACGUGGUGUCUGGAGAAUGCAAAAGUGAUACCUUUUAUCCUGUUGAUUGGCUAGCGCGGCGUAUACCCGGCAUCGGAAGCAUGAUUAGAUUGAUUUGACUAUUUUCUUGGCCUUGAUUUAUUGGCUUUUCUAUGCUUUAUUGAUUGGCUUUUAUUGUCUGUUUAUUGGCUGCUAUUGGCUGUUAUUGGCUGUUAUUGCUCUUGAUGCUGUACAUAGGAUGCAUGUAUGUAUGAUAUACAGCACAGAAUGUUGAUAGGAUGUACACAUUGG